AUGAAUCAGGUUCUCUUAAUUGUCCAAAGGACAUUGGCAUCUCUGCAGUACCACCCAUAUACCCUUUGGCUGUUGGUCUUGAGUGAUUUCAAAACUAUUGUGGUACCAAGUACAAUUUUCGGAAUCACAAACGCCUGGGCCGCGUCGAAAUACGACCCGCAUGUUCCAGCUAUUUUGCUUCCUCCGCAGGCUCUCAUUGAUUCUCCAAAAUCGGUUGGAAGAGCUCUCGCGGCAUUCUUAUGGGUUCUGAUCAACUUGGUUCCAUUCGCCAUCAACAACCAACGGGGUGAAAGGGCGAUUGCCGAGGACUGUUUGAACAAGCCAUGGCGCCCGUUUCCUCGCAGCCAGAUUUCUCACGAGUGGGGCACAAGACUUAUGAUUAUUCUAUAUGUAUUUGCCCCGAUAUAUAGCCUAGCAUUUGCUGGUGGAGUCCGACAUUCUGUGGCUUUGAUAUGGUUAGGGGUGUGGUACAAUAACUGGGGUGGUGCGGACAAGAACCCAGUCAUUCGGAACUUUAUCAAUGGACUAGGAUAUACCUGUUUCGCAUCGGGGGCGAUGGAAGUGGCCUUGGGCGGUUCUUUUCUCCCUCUCCACCCGCUUGGGUGGUCAGGACGGUGGCUUAUUGUCAUCAUCGGGGUUAUUUUCUCCACCGUCCAAUUGCAGGAUAUGUCCGAUCAACCCGGCGAUGCUAAACGGGGUCGACGAACGGUGCCACUAGUAUGGGGUGAUACUAUGGCGCGGUGGACUAUUGCUCUGCCCAUGCUCUGUUGGGGAAUAUGGUGUCCGAUGUUCUGGGGUGUUUCAUAUCUUUGGUUUACCAUCAGCAUGGCAAUGGCUUCGCUUGUGGCCUUAAGGACUCUGAUAGUUCGUUCUGUUCAAGGAGAUAAACAGACAUUUCGACUUUGGAAUUGUUGGAUUGCGGUCAUCUAUAUGCUGCCCCUGUUUUCGGAACAGGACUAA